GACACGCAUCAUGGACUACACCUUCAACACCACCCUCGCCGCGCCGGCGACGGGCUCCUACCACGAGCUCUACGAGAUUGCCAGCCUGAACCCCAAACUCUCCUUCCUCGAGAAGCUCUGGUGGACGCACUACGCCUACUGGGACAACGACAUCAUCGCAACAGGAAUCAUCACCUUCCUCGCGCACGAGAUCCUCUACUUCAGCCGGUGCAUCCCGUGGAUUAUCGCCGACGCAUUCCCCAGCCUGUUCCACCGCUUCAAGAUCCAAGACACGAAGGCGCCGCCCUCGGCGCGCGAGCAAUGGAACUGCGUGAAAUACAUCCUGGCGAUCCACUUCAUCGUCGAGCUCCCGCUGAUCGUGCUCUUCCACCCGAUGAUGGAAUUCUUCGGGCUGCAAUACACCCUCCCGUUCCCGGACCUGAAAACGCUCGCCAUCCAAACCACCAUCUUCUUUUUUGUGGAGGACACCUACCACUACUGGCUGCACCGCGCCUUCCACUGGGGCCCCCUGUACCGCGCCGUGCACCGCGUGCACCACCAGUACGCCACGCCCUUCGGCCUGACGGCCGAAUACGCCAGCCCCUGGGAGACGAUGCUCCUGGGCUUCGGCACCAUCGGCCCCCCGCUCGUGCUGGGCUGGUGCACCGGCCAAGUGCACCUGAUGACCGUGCUGGUCUGGGUGGCGCUGCGCCAGUUCCAGGCCAUCGACGCCCACUCCGGCUACGAUUUCCCCUGGAGCCUCCGCCGCGUGUUCCCGCUGUGGGGCGGCUCCGAUUGGCACGAUGAUCAUCAUCGGUAUUUUCGCGGGAAUUAUUCCAGCUCGUUUAAGCAUUGGGAUGUGUUGAUGGGGACUGUUGCGGGCCCGAGGGGGAAGAAGAUGAAGAAGAGUGAGUAGAUGGCGGUUUGCUUGGGUUCUUUGGGGCUACCUUGGGGUUGGGGUCUGUCCUUGUGUAUGAUAUUGUUAAUAGGUAAUGUUUUUAAUAUGAGGAUAUGAUAUGAUUGAGCUCUUACGUUUCGACUGAGGUUUGUCGGCGUGGUCUGGUGAUGAGGUCUGUUAACUUGGUCUGGUAGUCGAUUGGGGAUAUUGAUUUGGUGGAAGCACAGUAGAAAGGGGAUCAUGUGAGUGCUGAGAAGUUUGAUGAGUGUGCACAAAAGAAUCGUCGUUCUUGGAAAGGUACAUGUCUAUGUAGUAGGCUGGUGUUGUUCCCAAUAGCAGAGUAGUGCUUGU